AUGCCGAGAGAAAGAUUUCUGGUUCUCCUGCAACACUUGCACUUCUCUGCUUCUAAAGACUCUUCAGAUAAAUUAUAUAAGAUUAGAGAUCUUCUAAACUUAUACAAGGAGUCUUUUCAGAGUGCAUAUUUCCCUGAAAAGAAUAUAUGCAUAGAUGAGAGCUUACUUCUAUGGAAGGGUAGAUUAGGAUGGAAGAUAUACAUCCCGCUAAAGCGUGCUCGAUUUGGAAUUAAGGACUACUUUCUUUGCGAAUCAAGCACAGGAUACGUGUAUAACUUCGAAGUUUACACUGGAAAGAGAACAGAUCUUCAAAUGCCUCCUUGUGCUACUGAAAUUGCACCUGAAUACCUAAAUCAUUCAACGAAGGUCGUCCUGCAUCUAACGACAUACCUUUUGGAUAAGGGCUUUUAUCUUGCAAUGGAUAACUAUUACUCUUUGCCACCUCUUUUCGAUUUUUUAGUUUCCCACAUGACAGAUGCAAUUGGAACUUUGCGAAAAAAUCUAAAAGAAAUUCCAAAGGAAGUUUCAAAAGCGAAGCUAAAAAAGGGACAAGAUAUUACCAUGUAUAAAGGUAAACUUAUGGUCAUGCAAUGGAGAGACAAGAGAGAGGUGAUGAUGAUAAGCACUACCCAUGAUGCUGAAAGAAAGACUGUAAACGAAGAUAACUCGGAAAAGAGCAAGCCUCUUAUGUGUAUCGAUUACAAGAAGGUGAUGGGAGGCGUGGAUCACAUGGAUCAAGUGAUUUCAUCCUAUGAUGCAGCUAGAAGUCAUCUAGAGAAGUACUACAAAAAAAAUCUAUCUUAG